UUGGAGUUACUUGGCAUUCUGGGACACAAACAGUGGUCGGUAUGAAUAGCUUUAACAGCGACAACAGCAGCAGUUUACACCGUGGAAGGAAAGCAGCGAGAGAGGGACGACAACACCCAGCUACCAGAAAAAGAGCGAACUGGUUUUUCAUGUUCGGCUUCUGCAUCCUGUUCCUCGCUUUGUUGCCGGGGAGAUGCGGACGAGGAGGCCAUCUACGGCUGUUUAGUGUCUGAGACGCAAAGGUGGACUUUAUCCUCGCAGAGAGUUAUUUAACUUAGCUAACGACACGAGUAAGUUAGCCUUGCAGUGAUUUUUGCGCGUGUGUUAACGUUAGCUGGACGACAAUACUGGCGGAGUCUUAAAAGUUGAUGUCCUUGCACCACUUAAAUUUUAGUCAUCUCAUUCCAAAGAAGUGAGGGUUGUUUUGUCCCUGUCGCAUCUGCUCUGACAGCUCCCUCCAUCCGUUGACUCUUCGUUGUCCUGAGCUGAGGGGUGACAACUCUGAAUAUGGCGAGUGUGUCAGACAGAGACUACAAAACUGACACUUUUAAGUCACUAGACUGGCGCAAUUCCCAGCCAGUGUACCCAAGAUAAACGCUGUUAAACUGGAUAAUUCGUGUAAUGGACAAGGGGAGCGACGGGUAUUAUUUUUCUUUUUCUCACUGCACCUUUGCAUAGCAAUGGGUUGCACUGAUUAAGCCUGCUUCUCAAAGUUCAUAAAUACCUGCCUCUGUUGAACCUCAAAAAAUUGCUAUUCGUAGACAUGGACUUGCUCUGGAUGUAAAGACUGUCUUGGAUAUCUCAAACGUCACACUUGUCUCCAGGUCGGGCAGUUCAUCUGAGCCUUCCUGCUGGUCCCCAGAGCAUAUUUGAGGGCCAACAUGUCAAUGUCAGGGUCCACGACCGUGCAGCUUUUCACCAAGCUUGUCAAGCAUGCGGUGGGCAAGGCGCAGAUUCAGCUGAACCGCUGGCUGCAGAGGACUGCCACAGAUGAGUGUGACAAAAUUGACAUUCUGAUAUGCAGCGCCUUUGACGAGACAGGGGCUGGCUUAGGGAAGUCAGACGGAGACCCUGAUGUUACUAGUGCCACAGGGGGGACGACCUUCAGCAGCAGUGGAGAGUUCAGACACCCAUGCUGUAUCACCACCUUUUGCUUCAAGAGCGCCCUGCUGGCAUGCAUUCUGACUGCCGUGUGCUUCUCCUCGGUUGCCCUCGUGCGACAAUACCUCAAGGACCUCUUGCUCUGGGUGGAGAGCUUGGACAGCCUCGUUGGAGCCCUGCUGUUUAUAGUUGGUUUGAUUAUUGUGUCAUUCCCAUGUGGAUGGGGAUAUAUUGUUCUUAAUGUGGCAGCUGGCUACCUCUACGGCUUUGUGCUGGGCAUGGGACUAGUUAUGGUGGGAGUUUUAAUAGGGACCUUUGUGGCACAUCUGGUGUGCAAAAGACUAUUGACUGACUGGGUGCUGAACAAGGUCGGGAACAGCGAACAGUUAAGCGCUGUUAUACGAGUAGUGGAGGGAAGAAGUGGACUCAAAGUUGUGGCCUUAGCGAGACUCACGCCCAUACCGUUUGGGCUCCAAAAUGCAGUUUUCUCGAUCACAGACGUGUCCUUGCCAAACUACCUGGUGGCCUCCUCUGUGGGCCUGUUGCCCACUCAGCUUCUCAACUCCUACCUGGGCACCACGCUUCGCACCAUGGAGGACGUCAUCGCUGAGCAGAGUGUCAGUGGCUACUUUGUGUUCAGCCUGCAGAUCAUCAUCAGCAUCGGCCUGAUGUUCUAUGUCGUGCACCGGGCUCAGGUUGAGCUCAACGCAGCCAUUGCCGCCUGCCAGAUGGAGCUGAAGUCGUCACACAUGAACGGCUCUUCCACCAACCACUCUGGUUUCACCUACUGCAGCAAGAGGGCUACAGCUGGCAGCGGAAACUGCGUCAAUGUGGUGUGACAGCCGAUCGGCACACGAGGCAGUAAGUUCAUACGAUGUGUAGGACUGCAGAGCUUGAGGGAACACGCUGACUUCAGAUGGUGUCUGAAACAUGUUGGUGGCUUAUUAUUUUCAAUAUUGUGUUCUGACCACCCGUGAAAGCGUACGUCUUUAGUCGGUACGGUGUUUUAGAAUUGUGGGACCACGCACCUUUGAAGAAAGUACUAAUGAAAAUGGUUUUGCGGUUAAUCAUCUUGGGAGAUUUCGUUUUCGUUGGAAGUUUUUCUUAAAUUAUUUUCCUUAAGGUACUUCUUAACAUUUAAUCUGUUACAGGGGAUGUCAGUGAAAUGAUGAUGUUUAGAGAUAUCAAAGGUGGCUGAGUGAGUAAGUGAGUUAUUAAAAAAAGUAGCUCGUUAUUAACUGCCUGCUAACACGAUGAAUGUGCAAUCUGGAGCUUUCUAGAGAACCAAGGAAUUGUUUUUUCCAUGUCAACAGAAUGCCAGCCUAUGCACCUUUCUUUCAAACUACUUGUGUUUCUGUUUUACUUUAAGGGAUUUUAUGAUUUUUUUUUUUCAGCAUCAAGCGCUAAUUCGCGGUACAAUAAGGGCAUUAUUAAUAGUUUUGAAAGAUUUGGCUGUUUCGUCCGGUUCGUUUGUGUUCAAGUGUCUUAUUUUUGGACUAUCGAGAGAGGAGCAUUACCGGCCUCUCUGACUGUGUGAUUUCUGCUGGCUUACAACCACGUCAGCUGAAUUGGCCUUGUCUGCCCAGAGAUCAUUUUAGCGCUUCUGCAAUUUUGAUAAGAGCAGCUGGAGAGGAGAGCAGAUUUCACAGCAGGAGACUCAGGAAUGUUUCUGCCAGGAAAGUUGAAGUGCGGCGUGAUCAGCUCCUCGGCAGCACAGCCACAUGUUCUGCUACAGGACGAUUCCCACACCGAACUGAAACUGAGAUGUCAAGCUUUCCUGUUAAUGUUUAUGUUUCUCUUUGAGCUGUUUUACAUUUAUGUUUUGCAUUUUUAUUUGGUUGUGAGAUUAUCCAUUAGGGUUAUUACAUAGUUUUUUGCUUAAAAUGGUAGUCAUGGCAAUUUCGUGCAAUAGGAUCACUGGAGGGAAAAAAAAUGGCAUGAAUGUCACAUUUCAGUGCUGAAACCAAACUAAUCAGAAAUGCUCUCGUGCAUACAAAAUAACACAAACCUAAGUCUGUGUUUAAGGUUUUACUUACAUUAUAGAUGAGUAAGCUAGAUAAAAUGAAGAGGCUGUUAUUUUUUUAUGUGCCAUAGUUUGAUAAAGCUUAUCAGACGCCAUGACACUGGCCCCACCUGAGCUGAGGCUACAUGUGACUUAUGACUUAUUUUAUUACUUAAAGUUGCUGGUAAUUCUAGAAAUGAUCUGUGAACAGUUUUUUGUGUUUUAACUCUUAAUAAUACAACAACAAAGCUCUCGUGCUGUAGAUUCUUUUGCACAGUCCACUACAACAAACAAAACAUUAUUUUCAUACAGAAGUGAACCUGGGAAGGGGUUUGGUUGGUCGAAAGUUGAAACUGAUGUGUCUCAGAAGCUGACAAUCAAACACAACAUGGACACUAAGUGAUGAAUGUGAUAAUACUUUUUAUUUUUACAUGAAUUAUUGCGAUGCUGCUCCUCAGACAAAGUCUGAUUGAGGAAUAAUAAGGGCUCCUAUAUGAAAUAUCCAUCUUUAUAUCCCUGUAUUUGUUCACAAAAGCCUGUUUUGAAAUACUGGCACAACUUUUUGUUAAUCAUUUUAAUUUUUGUACUGCUGUUUUGUUUUUUGUUUUUUUGUCUUCAAAGCCAGAUUUGAUAUUCUCCCAAACACAUUCCACACUGUCAGUCCUCUGAAAACUGUACUUAUAUUCGUGUUAGUUGAAAGGGCCCCUUCCUGUGUGAAUUUAGCAAUAAUGUUUGAAAGCAAAAAAAUAAAUAAAUAAAUAUAUAUAUAUGUAUAAAAGAAGUCCCACCAAUAAGACCUUUAGCAAAGUGUUGGGAAUAGCUGUUUACUACCAGUGUUAAAGAUUCUCUUUAAAAGUGAACAAAAACUGCAUUUGAGUCGUUAGUCGAUCCAUGUUCCACCGUAAGGUUGAGUAUCAAUAUUCCCACGUUUGAGUUACAGUGCUCCUGUUACCUCUCGCUGCCUCCGAUGGACAUUUACAUGCUGCCACUGAUGUGGACACAGACAACUGAAAUAAAAUUUGUAGCGCCCUCUUUGAAGUGUCCCUAAACCUAUUGAUCGCUUACCGGUGUUGAGCAAUCAGCCUCUCAUCCCUGUCUCCUCAAAAUCUUUUGAGUCCCACCCUGACAUUUUUCCAGUUUCUUACUUGAAUUGGGACUUUACUUAGAGAGAGAGGAGUGCAUUUUAUGGUUGCAAAAUUCAUAAAGUAUGCUCACUACUCCCACUUUUUAAAGGCGUGGAAAUUACUCUCUCUUAUUCUCGGUUCCAGAUGAGACAAUGUUGUAAAUACCCCGGUCUUUUUACCUGACAGCAGUGACAUAUUUUAGGACGUGUCCCUGCCCUCCAAACAAAGUGUGAUUCAGUGAAGCUGUCCUGUUCAGAUGUGGAAAAAGGAGAUACACCGUGUUUAAUGCAAAAAAAUCAAGCACCAGUACAUGAAACUUUAUGGGUCACCGUGGACACACUUCUUAAUUUAUUCUCUCAACUGGGAUUUUAAAAACUUGACGUUGUGGGAAAUGAACAGUAAAGGCUUUGGUUCUUCCUAGGUGGGCUCUACUUAACUUAGAUAUAGUUAUGCAACAACUGAUUCCUAAGGGAAGUAUAUUUCAUAGACACCCACACAAGACCUGCACACCUGGACUUUUCUCGAGGAGUACAGUGUGAUAUCACUUAAAUGAUUGACUCAAGGGUCUAGUUCGGUGCUAUGAAAUGCAGUACUUCCCAUCUGUAUCAAGUGCAUUAAACAUAUGCUGUAUUUUGUAAUACAGAGGAUUUUACAGUGUAUAAAUGUUGAUAUUUAUCGCUGUAUGAUGCUUGUUCAGUGUUAUUUAUGAGAGAGAAAAUAAAAUCUGCUCAACUUUGUAACAAAA